AAUUGUAAAUUUGUUCGCCAUCUCCGCCACUUACGGCAUUAAUCCAAGCGCAGUUCGCAAGCCGGUUUGUGCAUGUUUGGCGGGGGUUCGUUUUGCGUAUGUGAUAACAGUUGAUGUGUGAUCCUGUUCCCUUCCAGAAGUACUCCCUCCAGAUCUAAUUGCUCCCAAUUGCCCACCGGAAAUACUUUGGAUUAAAAAUGGGAAAAAAAUUGUUUAUCCGUCGAAAUUUGCUCACAAUCUUAACGGUAGCAGGAGUGGUAGGAGGGACUUUAACCGGCGUUAUAAUCAGAGCUACAACUGGCAACCAUUGGAGUAAAAGGGACGUUAUGUAUCUAGCUUUUCCCGGGGAAAUUUUCCUUCGGAUGUUGAAAUGUCUCAUAAUACCGCUUUUAUCGUCGUCGGUUAUACAAGCGAUAGGCUCUUUAGAUUUGAGUUUAUCGAAAAAAAUAGCCAUCAGAUCUAUAUUAUAUUACGCGACAACCACGGUUUUCGCUGUAGUAUUAGGAAUAUGUUUGGUAUUGACGAUAAGACCCGGAGUAGGAGCCACUCCAUGGACCGGAGAUGCAUCGGAGAAAGUUACUAGACACGUACUCACUCAGGAUACUCUAUUGGAUCUUAUUAGGAAUUUGUUUCCUCCUAAUAUUGUACAAGCAUGCAUUUCACAGUCUCAAACGUUCCUGACACUUCCCAAAAAUGACACUGUAAAGAACAUGGGACACGAAUACUGGAGAUUCGAAGAACGUUAUGAACCCACAACGAACGUUUUGGGUUUGGUUGUUUUUUCGAUCACUUUCGGAAUUGCUCUAGGUAAAAUGGGCGAUAGAGCGAAAAUUUUGUUGGACUUCUUCAGCGUACUCAGCGAGACUAUGAUGACAAUUACUAGUUGGGUAAUUUGGAUUUCGCCGAUCGGAGUAUAUUUCCUAGUAGCUGCCAAAGUUUUAGAAAUUGUAAGUUUCGCUGAUCUCGUUGGCAGACUUGGAUUAUACUUCGCGACAGUUUUGACUGGAUUAUUUUUACACGGUUUCGGCAGUCUUUCCAUAAUUUAUUUCGUUGCUGUAAGGAAACUACCUUUCAAAACCAUUAUACAGCUCAGUCAGGUGUUGGUUACUGCGUUCGGAACAGCUUCCAGUUCAGCGACGAUGCCGAUUAGUAUUCAAACUAUGGAUAAAAUGGGCGUUGAUCCGAGAGUAACCAGAUUCGUUAUCCCUAUUGGAGCUACAAUAAAUAUGGACGGUACUGCUUUAUAUGAAGCAGUAGCUGCUAUUUUCAUAGCUCAACUUAAAGACAUUCCUUUAACUUUUGGGAAAACGGUUGCUGUUUGUGUGACGGCUACAGCUGCGAGUAUCGGAGCUGCCGGCAUUCCACAAGCUGGUCUCGUCACUAUGGUGAUGGUACUUGACACAGUUGGUCUCCCUUCUGAGGAAGUAAUUAACAUCAUAGCAGUAGACUGGCUUCUUGAUAGAUUCAGGACUACUAUUAACGUGAUGUGCGAUUGUUUGGGUGCCCAAUUGGUGGAUUACUUGAGUGUUGGAGAAUUAGGCACUUUACCAGAUUCUGAUAACAUAAAUACACAACCACAAGAAAUGGUAGAAAUUUCUAAAGCCGAUAACGUCGUUAUUUAAGUACUUGAAAAACAAUAAUAAACCAAAAACGUCUUUUGACUGAUAUUUUACAAAAUAUUUAAACAGCCAUUUUAUCAUUCGUAAUUAAGUGGAGCGGUUUUUCUAGUCCUUAUAACUUAAGAUACAUUAUCAAUCUUUGCAAUAAUUUAUUCAUGUUCCUAUCGAAUUUAACUGCUCAUAUUUUGAAUUAUAAACAAAUAAAACAUCAAAUUUUCUUUUAUUUAAUAUGACACUCAUUCUCACAAUUAAAAAUCAUCAAAAAGAGAUUUAUAAACGAAUAUUUAAAACUGCGAGGUUGUACGUCUAAACAGCGUUGUCAACUCAACGUUUUUUACGUAGAUCUACGUAUUUUGAAUCUUUUACUACAGAAAUUCGUUACUUUUGUAUAAAAUUAAUUAGUAUAUUUGAAAAAAAAUAUUCACUCAUCAAUCAGUAUUUUUUUAUAGAAUGAAAUACAAGAAAUUAAAUUCAUUUUGUUACAAGGUAUCUUGUCAUAGUUGUAAUGCAGAUUUUUCAUUCAAAAUCGACAAAACAUUCAACAAUUUCCUUUUUUUUACGCAGAUUCUAAGAAAAAUCAUUAUAUAUAAUAGUUAAAAGUUCUAUAAACAAAAUUAUUUAAUAACUUAAGUAAUAUUUAUUAUUUUUCAAUCAAAGUCAAGUUCCCAUCUCACUUCAUGUAAAUAUCCCAUUGAUUUGAGUUAUUUUGAUGGUUAUCUAACAGAAAUUCAUAAAUAAAAUUUUUAAAUUCAAGUUUAUAAACGUAGUAUUGUAAUUUAAUAUUUAUUUUAUAGAUAAAUAAAACUGUUUUUUGACAAA